AUGGUGAGGGAAACCCGUCUAUCUCCAUUGAUCUUCAUCCUCUUUACCUUCAUCAGCUUUAUUGCCAUAUUCUACUGCCAGGAUUUCUCCUCUUCCCACCGUCGUCAGCAAUUUUCAGCACUCAAUGAUCCCCCUCCCUCUCUUGAUGAGUUGAAGCAUAAGAAGAGCGAGGAGAGGAGAGAGACGAUGCUUCCAUUUGCAGUAGGGAAGACACCGGAGGAGUGUGACAUAUUCAGUGGGAAGUGGGUAAGAGACGAGGAGGACAAGCCUUUGUAUGAGGAGUCAGAGUGCCCCUACAUUCAGCCACAGCUGACAUGCCAAGAACAUGGACGCCCUGAUAAGGAUUACCAGUUCUGGCGCUGGCAGCCUCAUGGCUGCGAUCUCCCCAAAUUUAACGCAACCUUACUGUUGGAGGCUCUACGGGGAAAGAGAAUGCUAUUUGUUGGCGAUUCCCUGAACCGGGGUCAAUAUAUUUCCAUGGUCUGCCUUCUUCACAGCCUGGUACCUGAAAAUGGCAAAUCCAUGAAAAGUUCUUAUGAAUCAUUAACAGUCUUCAAGUUAAAGGAUUACAAUGCAACCAUUGAGUUCUACUGGGCUCCCUUACUACUUGAGUCCAAUGGAGAUGGUGCAGGGAGCAAGGUAUCAGAGAGGAUUAUACGCAAUGGAUCCAUAGAUACGCAUGGCAAAUUCUGGGAAGGCGCAGAUGUAGUUGUAUUCAACACAUACAUCUGGUGGAUGACCCGCCUGAAAUUGAAGAUCUUGACAGGAUCUUUCACAGACAGUGUGCAGAAGUUUGAAGUUCUGCAAACAGAGGAUGCUUACCGGAUGGCUAUGCAGAGCAUGUUGGAGUGGGUUCAAAGAAACAUGGACCCAAAGAAGACCAGAGUCUUCUUCACUGGCAUGUCACCGAGUCACACAAGGAGUAUACACUGGGGUGGUGAACCAGAUGGAAACUGUUACAAUGAAACAACUCCAGUAGAGGAUCUUGAGUACAACUGGGCUUUACAUGCCCAUGAAAGCAUAAUGAAGAUUAUGGAUGAAGAAUUCAGCAGAUCAAGUGUACCCUUAUCAUUUCUCAACAUUACGAGGCUUUCAAGUUAUCGGAAGGAUGCACACACACAAAUUUACAAAAAGCUGUGGAGCCCCCCAACCGAAGAUCAGCUAGCAAAUCCCAAGAGCUAUGCUGAUUGUGUGCAUUGGUGUUUGCCAGGCUUGCAAGAUACUUGGAAUGAACUACUAUUUGCAAAACUUUUCUACCCUUAACAAGAGCCAAAAAGACUUGGUUUCAUGUAUUUUCUUCCUGUAUUAGUUUCUAUAAGAUACCCUUUGGAUGAAAAGAUCAUGAGGUCAAGGUCAUAGAUAUCAGAUUACAUAACAGGAAUAACAAGGUUCUUUUACAAAGUACAGAGAAUUUCAUUCUAAAAAAAUAUGAGGGGAAACAAAUCGAAUUAAUUUUUUGUAGAUGAACAAAAUCAUAUACAGCAGAGAACUGCAAAAAAAAAGACACAUUAGAAACUUCUUACCU